CACGCGUGCGCAUUGCCACGUGAGUUCUACGAAGCCAUGGCUGCUUGGCGGUUGGGCAGAUUGUUUGCAGCUCGUUUGAGACAGUUUUCGCCAUCUACUGGCACUAAGCUAUGGCACUCGUUGAGAACGAGAUCCAGCUUUCAGCAGUUGUCGUUCCUUUCAACAACUGCGGCAGCGUCAGAUGCAGUGUCAGUUUCAUAUAAUUAUGGAUAUCCAGUGGUGAAACUUCCGCUAGCUUCUCGUCCAGAAAUGUGCACAUUUACACUGCAACCGGUUUCUCACACUGUUGCCGACUUUAUCAAGGCCAUCAAAGCAGAGGAUGGAGGCAUUGACCGAGUUGCACUCAUUGCCCAAGAUGGAAGCAAAAUUGCUCAGACAACUCCAAUCGGCAUGGUUUUUUGGAACAAUUUUUCUAUCAUCAUAAACGAUGACCAAUAUGACGUGCAUGUUCCAGACUCUGCAAAAGUUGCUGAAACGGCAGCUGGAUUUCUUGAGACAUAUGGAGACAUCAAAACAAUGAUUCACAAACUACAUAUUGCAUUAAAUGUAGAGGAACAUCAGGUGGUUGUUUAACAGUUACAUGUCUAUACUGUGUUACUUCAUUAGUGUAGGUUUUGGGUGUGUUACGUGCUGGAUGUGUGGCUCUU